AUGAGCCGCUGCACCGACGACGAGGAGGUGGUAGUGGGCGGGCUGAUGCCGCUGAUCGUCAACGUCCUCGAGUCGCUCGACCUGGCGCUGAUUGAGAACCAGCAGCUGCAGGUGGAGCUGGAGCUGUGCAAGGACGACAACGAGCAGCUGGUGGGCGCCUUUGAGAAGGAGAAGACGGGCAAGAAGAAGAUCGAGCAGCGGCUCUUUGAGCUGGAGUUCAGCGCCGACGAGGAGAAGCAGCACUACCAGCAGCGGAUCGACUCGCUCGCCAACAUCGUCAAGAUGCUCGAGCUCAAGUCGAAGAACGCCACUGACCACUCGUCUCGCCUGGAGGAGAAGGAGAGCGAGAUGAAGAAGGAGUACAACAAAAUUCACGAGCGCUACACCGAGCUGCUGCGCAGUCACUGUGAUCUAAUGGAGCGCGUCAAGAUUAUCUUCGGCAAUGAGGAGCAGUCCGCUGCCACCCCUUCUGGUCAACAACCGUCUCAGUCUCAGCAGCAGCAGCAGUCUAGUCUCUCCACGCUGGCCGGCACCUUUCGCGCCAACCUGGCGCGGUUCGGCUCGCAGGAGGCAGAACAGGCGUCAGAGGGUGGUUUCCAGGCCAUCAGCGCCAGCACCGAGCUCUUUGGCAGCGGCCAGCGAGGCA